CUCAAACUUGAUCUCACUUUCGCAAAGCUCGAGUCAUGAUAGAGCACUACCCAUCUCAAGCCCUAUCCGGGCUGAUGCUUGCCAUUGCCACUAUUUUACUGCUUGCAUGGGCCCGUUGGCGCUCUCGACCUACGCUGCCCCUACCACCUGGUCCGCCUUCUGAGUUUCUUCUGGGCCAUUCUCGUGUAAUACCCAAGGAGAAUGCUGCAGCAGUAUACGCGAAAUGGUCGAAAGAAUACAACUCAGAUAUCAUACAUGUCAGAUCCCUGGGUCGGUCUACAGUCGUUCUCAAUAGCGCAGAUGUGGCUAGGGAUAUCUUGGACAAGAAAGGCGCCAAUUUUUGUGACCGACCCAGAUUUACGCUACUGGAAGUCAUGGGAUGGGGAAAGACUCUGACGUUUCUUCCAUUUGGAGAACGCUGGCAAAUGCAUAGAAAGCUACUCCAGACCUCGUUCAGCAACACAAAUGUCCGCCAAUGGCACAGUCUGCAGAUAACAGAAGCCCGACGAACGAUUCGAAAUAUACUCAAGAAGCCUAAAACUUGGGAGACGUCAUUGCGCCGGCUGGCGGUUGCCAUCGUUCUGCAAGUGAGCUACGGUACCCAAGUGCUCGAGGACGAUGACCCCUACAUCCAAAUCGCCAACGAUGCCAUGUAUGCCACUAGCAAUGGUGGAGUUCCUGCCAAUAGUAUUGUUGAUCUAGUUCCAUUCGCUCGCUAUCUCCCCGACUGCAUUGUCCGCGACUGGUCCUUGCGAUUCGCCCGACAAUGGCGCUGGGCUAUUAAGAAGCUUCACGACGUCCCAUUCGCUGCUGCACAAGCUGAAUAUCACAGAGAUGAUCAUCAUAGAAACACAUCUCUAGCACAUCACCUCCUCCGUGAGUAUAAGGACAAGGAGUUCCGUGGUCAAGAACAACAAUGGUCCCUUGAUGAUAUCAAAGGGGCGGCAGGGGCGGUUUUUAUCGCAGGAGCAGAUACGACAUGGGCUACAUGUGUAAUCUUUAUUCUCAACAUGGUUCUCCACCCGGAAAUACAGGAGAAGGCACAGCAAGAGCUUGAUGCGGUGAUUGGGACUGAUAGACUUCCCGACUUCUCGGACCGGCCCGCUUUGGUUUAUAUUGAACAUAUUGUUCAGGAGAUUUAUCGCUGGUCGCCACUGGCUCCUCUAGGGAUCCCACACAAGUCGCUCCACGAUGAUAUCUACAAGGGCAUGCUCAUUCCUAAAGGGUAUCUGAUAAGUACCAGGACUGUGGUCUAUGCCAACGCUUAUGCUAUGGCUCAUGAUGAGCGGGUCUACAAAAACCCCCACGAUUUCAACCCCGACAGAUAUGAAGCUGGGGAACCGUUUCCUGUUGGCAAUUUUGGAUUUGGGCGCCGGGUCUGUGUCGGUCGGUUUCUGGCCGACAAUAGUGUCUGGAUCAUGGUAGCAACGAUGUUGUCCGUACUUCGGUUUUGUAAGAAGAUGUCUUCGGACGGGAAGCCCAUUGAGCCCCGAGUCCGAUUUACCAAUGGAGGAACCUGUCACCCCGAGCACUUUGACUGUGUCAUCAAACCGCGGAGUCUCGAGGCUGAGGCACUUGUCAAGAGCGAUUAGGAAUAGCGACCAGCUGAACAGCUUGGAGAGAAUACUAUAACAUGCUGGAUCAGGUAUAUCAUAUCAAGUAAGUCAUGCUCAGUGUGUCUUGCGAUGGCCGGUCAAUCCUCACAUGCAGUACGGAAACAGGGCAGGUACUCAUGUGCUCAGUGAUACCAGAAAACAAGUCCAGAUAUUACACUCUUUCACUGCAACAUGACACAGGUAGAUGCUGGGUUGUGUCUAUUGAUAGCCACCAACAAAGUCGCAAACUUUUGCCAUUUUUGGAAUUGCUCUUU